CGACGACUGGACGAUCAAUUCGAUACAGGCUGCUGAAUUACCCAGUAUAUUUGGGCUUGUAUCAACAUGGCGCUGGGUAAAUCUACUAAGAUGGAUCACGUUCAGGCUGAUAAGGAAACCCACGAUCUUGAUGAUGCGUCGCAGUCAAUUGUUGCGCAUCCUACUUGGACAGAUGACGAAGAGAAGGCAGUUGUCAGAAAGCUCGACAUGAUCCUCAUGCCCCUUCUCGUCCUCGGCUUCUUCGCCCUCCAGCUCGACCGCAGCAACAUCAGCAACGCCCUAACCGACACGCUCACAACCGAUCUAAACAUCACCAAAGACGAUGUCAAUCUUGGCGACCAGCUCAUGAUGGCCGGCAUAAUCAUCGCCGAAAUCCCCUCCAACAUCAUCCUUCAAAAACUCGGCGCGCCGAUCUGGCUGACGGGCCAGGUGCUUAUCUGGGGAACUGUUGCGUUGACACAAGCUUGGGUUACGAACGUGCAUUCCUUCUUUGCGACACGAUUUCUUUUGGGGUUCUUCGAAGCUGGGUUUAUUCCCGGCGGACAGUAUAUGCUUGCGCUGUUUUAUCGGGAGAAGGAGUUGGCGUUGAGGACGUCGGUUUUUUAUUUUGGGAAUUACUUUGCUACUGCUACGGGGUCGCUGAUUGCUGCUGGUGUCUUGCAGAUGGGCGGUAUAGCUGGUCUGGCUGGCUGGCAGUGGCUCUUCAUCAUCGAGGGCAUCUUUACUCUGCUGGUCUUUCUCGUCUUCAUCCUUCUUCUACCCCGAUCACCAAUUCACACGAAACCUAUUCACGGCCGUUUCGACCUUUUCACCUCUCGUGAGCGUGAAAUCAUGCACGACCGAAUCUAUCAAGAAGACAUCUCCAAGACCGAAGCCCACGCAAAGAUCACAUUCCGAGGCAUUACCGCCGCCCUCACCGAUUACCGUAUAUGGAUCCACACUAUUCUAAACCUCGUAUCUCUCGCUCCAAAGGGCGGCCUUCAACUCUACGGACCAACCAUCAUUCGAAGUCUAGGCUUCAGCAAGAUCAACUCCAACCUUCUAAACUCCGUCAGCAGUUUCCUCGUCGUUUUUCUCAGCUUCGCCAUCGCUUGGGCUUCCGACAAGACGAAGCAGCGAGGUCUAUGGUGCAUGGUCGCGUUUCUUUGGAGUAUUACAUUCGGCGGUGCUUUGUUUGGAUCUACUGAUAAAGACAAGUGGACCAAAUACGCCCUCUUCACCCUCUUAAGUAGUGGCAAUGCGUUAUCUCAAGGUCUCAAUGAUGCCUGGUUGAGUAUCAAUACUCGAUCUGCUGAGAAGCGCAGUAUUGGAUUGGCGUUGGUUGUCAUUGGGAGUAAUGCUGGUGGACUAGCUGGAAAACAGCUUUUUCGUGAGAGUGAUGCGCCAAAGUAUACAAAGGGAUUCUUGGCUAUUGUCUUGUUGUAUGUGGCUGCUCUGCCGAUUACUGCGGGGAUUAUGGGGGUUUAUUGGCGACAGAAUAAGAAAUUGGAGAGGGAGCUCGUUGAGAAUGAGGGGGAUGUUGAUGAGCAGGUUGGUAGAAGCCAGCGCUUCCAGCUGUAGGUGUUGAGCCCUGUAAUGGCAAUCGUUCUUGCGUAUAUUUCAUCGUUCUACAAGCCUGGCCUCUCUACUACUUCAAUUUAAAGAA